AUGAGCGCCGAUUUCGGUAACGUGAAGCGUUGUAUGCAUUUGCAGCUGUAUCAAUCAUUCAAGAUAUACCUGCGAUGCGCCCAACUGCUGUUUGUUGCACCGUGCAGUUUCGAACAGGGACGAUCUUCGGUUACAUAUUUCAAGCAAGCACGGUUCCUGGUAACUGCGGGCAUCCUCGUUUGGAUAACGAUUUGUGGGUGUCAAGCGAUUGCCAAUUUUUUCGUAAUGCCAAUGCCAUUCUUUACCGCCGUUUUAUACGUGAACGAAGCCGUUCUGUGCCUUUUCAUCACCAUCCAUACCAUGAGCAGAGGAUACAGUGAAACGCAACGCUAUAAGCAGUUUUUUGAAAAAAUAUUCAUCGUUGCUAAUGCGUUACCGUGCACCGAAUGGAGUGAAAUUUUGGCGUACGCUCGCCGAAAAUUGCUAUGGCUCUGUACGGCGUUAAUAUUAACAUACAGUGUGGUCUUGUGUUUAGACUAUUUACAUUUCGGCAGUAUUCUUGCUACCCUGUUCUCGUUGGGCGCCUAUCUGUUGCCCAACAUCCUAGCUAGCUUCGCACUAGCACAGUAUUAUCUCGGCACCGUUCUGAUUUACUUACUGCAGCAGAAAAUAAACCAGCAGCUCAAAUCGGGAAAGUCGUCGAUCAAUCUGGAAGAAGCUAAGCACCUGUACCUGCACCUUGGGAGCUGCGUUGAACUUAUCACACGAUCGUUCGAAAUUACAAUUGUAACAAACGUGUUUGCCGGCAUUAAUGUAACGAGUUUGCAAGUGCUCGAAAUCUACCAGUACUUGCACGUGGGCGAAACGAAACCAAUCUAUAUGGCUUACAAUAUCGUUUGGGUUGUGAUGCAAAUAUGCAUGCUGCUGAUGGUGCUUUAUCCGAACGAAAUUGUCAAGCGAGAGCAAACACGCUUCGGCAUGAUGUUGUUCGAACUUUCCCAUCAAAACGAUGCUGAGAUGUCAGAGGUUCAGAUGGCUCGGCUUGAGCUGCUAACACUCGACCGGAAGAAGAGCGUACCAACGGCGUGUGGGAUCUUUGUCGCACUGAUGUCCUUCAUUAUCAUUCUGAUACAGUUCGAUGCGGCCAACCUGAAUAAACAUAAAGGAGCUGUUACGGCGAUUGAUAGUCUCUACAAUUCGCAUACGUAA